UCCAGCCUUGAGCUUCCUGUUAUUGUGACCUUAACCUUCCAUGUGUUGUGGAUAGUGUCUGGCUGCACGUCGCCGGUCAUGUCUCUGGUUACCGAUGCCUUUGUGUCCCAGAUAGCAGCUGUAGAGCCCUGGCCUGAAAAUGCUACUCUGUAUCAGCCCCUGAAAAGUGAACAAGUGUUGCUGUCUGACAAUGCAUCUUGUCUUGCUGUUCAGGCCUUUUUACGAAUGUGCAAUCUGCCAGUCCAGGUGGUUUGCAGGGCAAAUGCUGAAUAUAUGUCUCCAUCUGGAAAAGUUCCAUUUAUUCAUGUUGGAAACCAAGUUGUAUCUGAACUGGGUCCCAUAGUUCAGUUUGUAAAAGCCAAGGGUAAUUCACUCAGCGAUGGCUUGGAUGAGGUUCAGAAAGCGGAAAUGAAGGCUUAUAUGGAACUGGUCAAUAAUAUGCUUUUGACUGCAGAGUUAUAUAUUCAGUGGUGUGAUGAAGCUACACUAGAGGAGAUUACUCAGCCCCGGUACAGUUCCCCCUAUUCAUGGCCUCUAAACUACGUUCUAGUUCUCCAAAAGAAAUGGGAAAUAAAACGCAAGAUGAAAGCCAUUGGCUGGGCUGGAAAGACUCUAGACCAGGUGUAUGACGAUGUCGACCAGUGCUGCCAGGCCCUGUCUCAAAGGUUGGGAAGCCAGCCCUAUUUCUUCAAUAAACAACCCACUGAGCUAGAUGCCCUGGUAUUCGGACAUCUGUUCACAAUCCUCACUACACAGCUGACUAACGAUGAACUCCGUGAAAAAGUGAAGAGUUACAACAAUCUCAUUGGCUUUUGCAGAAGGAUUGAACAGAACUAUUUUGAAGAUCACGACAGAGAUAGCACAUCGGGUUCCUCUACAAGAUUAUCAAAGGGGCCUGUGCUGCCCUAGUAGUUCUUCAGUGUAACAAAUUCUACAAUAUGAUGUUUUAUAACAGGUUAUUGAACCUUGAACUUCCAACUGUUGCUGGGGUACAGUUCCCUUUAUUAUUAAUAUUGUUUCCUGCAACAACAGGGUUGCAAGUUUGGUCACCUCUUAUAUCUCAUAUAAUGUAUGUUCCACAUAUCCAGUGAACCUAAAAAAAGAAGCAUUUUUUAAGUCCGAUUGUAUCUGCAUAAUAAUAAAUUUAAGACAACUGUAUGAAGCCUACACUUCCUUUUCUUUGAUCUGACCCAGCACCUCUCUCUAGGCAAUGUACAGCUGUAACAAAUGAAAACCUCAGAUCUUCCCAGAAGAAGCACAAAAGGCAGUAAUUUGCAUUACACAUUGGGGAUUACAGUAGUUGGUUACAUGAUGCAGCAUUUCUUAGUUAAACUACUGUUUUCUAGUUUUGACAAGCAUGCUCUCAGAGAAUCUGGAUGUUUACAAGAUGAUUAUCCCCUGUAACUAAUUAGCAUUCCAAAGACAUUUCUCUUUAAAAUCAAAUUGCAGUGCAGAGGAGGGGCAGAAUAGCGCUUUAACCUGUUGCGUACAUAUUUUUCAAAUACACUUUUAGUGGAACUUUAAAUCGUAUUAUGUAAAGUUUUUUUUUUUUUUUAAUGUUUUUUUUUGUGUUCCGCUUUGAAUUAAAACCAUCUGUUUGUGUAUUUACUUUCUUGAGAUAAUAGAAAAUUUUCAUUUAUUGGAGAAUGGCAUGGAUUCUGUUGUACUAUAUUGUGGCUGUAUUUGUUACUUGCUAUGCAUGUAGGCGUUAACAGAGAUAGAUGAAAGAACCUGUUUUGUUGUUUAUGUCCAAGUUUUUUUUUCUCCCUGCAACAAAUUAGUUGAGGGAUGAACCUUGUUUAUUUCUGUGUAUGUUCACAAAAUUGGCAUUUUUGCCUUUAUUAUAAAAACAGCAUUUAUUCACGGGUAAAUAAUAUGCACUUUUUUAGAGUGCUGUGGAUGUACAGGACAUCUUGUCAGACACAUGGGCGAAAUGGUGGUUUAGAGAAAGGAAGAAAAAUCUGCACAUUUUGGCAAUAUUGCAUUUUUCCAAUUAAGAAAUUUUCACUCAUCAUAAGACAUUCUCUCUAUUCAGUGAUGUAAUAAAGUAAUAUUCAUGUCACAUAUUAAUCUGUAGUUUAUAAUAGCACGUUUGGUGUGUGUUUUUUAUUGCCAAACUAUUCUCAUCAAUCUAUUGGUGCUGUAACCGUUUGUAAUGAUCCAAUUUCUUGUUAAUUUUCCCGCUUUAUAAUAUAAAGUUCUGCUUAUUAUUAAAUGCCAAUAAUAAUAAUAAUAA